GUUUGCCUGAAUCUAUUAUUGCAGCGGCAUGUGCCAGAAGUGGCCAGAGGGUUCUUCAUGUUGAUUCGAGAAAUUACUAUGGUGGAAACUGGGCCAGCUUUAGUUUUUCAGGAUUGUUGUCCUGGAUUAAAGAAAAUCAGCAAAAGACAGAUAUCUGUGAUGAAUGUGAAGACUGGAGAAAACUGAUCCUUGAGAAUGAAGAAGUUAUUUCUCUUAGCAAGAAGGAUAAAACUAUUCAACAUGUAGAAGAUUUCUGCUUUGGCGAUCAGGAUUCAGCUGAAGAUGUUGAAGAAGCUGGUGCAUUGCCAAAGCUGCCUGUCUUUGGAGCUUCUGGUGCUGAGGAGGCUGCUCAAGAAUCGGAAAAAGAGUGCCCACCAUCGGAGAGUGCCUUACUGGAGGCGGAGAGCCGGGAACCAGCAAAGGCUACAGGCGCUGAGCCAGCAACUGUAGUGGAAGGGAAGGAUACAGAAAUAACCUCUGAGAAUGAAAGUUCUUACAGUAUGGCUUUAGGCGAGUCCACCCUGGAAUUGGGAAAAACUGAAGCUGCACCUUCAGAAAUUUCUGCCCAAGAACCAAAGAAAAUUACGUAUUCCCAAAUUGUUAGAGAAGGCAGAAGGUUUAAUAUUGAUUUAGUUUCCAAGUUGCUUUACUCCCGAGGUCUGUUAAUUGACCUUCUGAUUAAGUCGAAUGUUAGCAGAUAUGCAGAGUUUAAAAAUGCAACACGAAUUCUUGCCUUUCGAGAAGGAAAAGUUGAACAGGUACCUUGUUCUAGAGCAGAUGUCUUCAACAGCAAACAGCUCACUAUGGUGGAAAAGAGAAUGCUAAUGAAAUUUUUGACAUUUUGUUUGGACUAUGAACAACACCCUGAUGAAUACCAAGACUAUGAGAGCAGUACAUUUGCUCGGUUCUUAAGAACACAGAAGCUGACACCCAGCUUGCAGCACUUCAUUCUUCACUCUAUUGCAAUGGUUUCAGAGACUGAUUGCAGCACUCUUGAAGGUCUUCAGGCAACAAAAAAAUUUCUUCAGUGCCUUGGCCGCUAUGGCAAUACACCAUUUUUGUUUCCUCUGUAUGGUCAAGGAGAGAUUCCGCAGUGCUUCUGCAGGAUGUGCGCUGUGUUUGGUGGUAUCUAUUGUCUUCGCCAUUCUGUGCAGUGCCUUGUAGUGGACAAAGAAUCUGGACGAUGCAAAGCUGUUGUGGAUCAUUUUGGACAACGAAUAAGUGCUAACUAUUUUAUUGUGGAAGAUAGUUACCUUUCAGAGAACGUAUGUACAAAUGUGUGUUACAGACAGAUCUCAAGAGCAGUGCUCAUUACAGAUCAGUCUGUACUAAACACAGAUUCAGAGCAGCAGGUUUCCAUUUUGACAGUGCCUCCAGUGGAUCAGGGAAGACCAGCAGUUUGCGUCAUUGAGUUGUGUUCCUCAACCAUGACAUGCAUGAAGGACACUUAUUUAGUCCAUUUAACCUGUCCAUCAACUAAAACUGCUAGGGAAGAUUUAGAGCCUGUUGUACAGAAGUUAUUCAAUCUAAAUACUGAAAAAGAGACUGAAAAUGAAGAACUGGAAAAACCUAGAGUCCUCUGGGCAGUCUACUUCAACAUGAGAGAUUCUUCAGGAGUCGACAAAAAUUCAUAUGAUGGCUUACCCUCAAACGUUUAUGUCUGUUCUGGACCAGACUCUGCUUUAGGAAAUGACUGUGCUGUCAAACAGGCUGAGACUAUUUUCCAAGAAAUGUUUCCUGCAGAGGAAUUUUGCCCACCACCACCAAAUCCAGAAGAUAUUAUUUACGAUGAAGAUGAGAUUGCACCGGAAGAGUCUGGAUUUGAUAAUUCACCAGAGACAAAACCUGAACCCUCAAGUGAAGAAAGCAGUAGCGGGGAUAGUUCUGCUGUUAAGAAGGAAGAUAAUGAAGAAUGA